UAGAGACAGCAGUUAGCACAUGGGGUCCCUGAUCUUGAUUGAGGCAUCUUGGAACUACUGCAAUACAAAUGAUAAAUAAUGUUAACAACAACAUUCUGAAAUCCUCCCUGCAAUUUUACUCAGGCAAACUCCCAAUAAAAUCUGUGGGAGUUUGCCUAAGGUUUGAGUAUGAAAAGAACACAGGCUCUGCCCUCCAAACAGUAAGAGUCAUGCAUGGAAAUUACAAUCUCAAAUGAGAAUAAAGGAAAUUUACAACUGCCAGUGAACUUCCUUAUGAAAGGGACAUUACAAAAAUAGAGUGUUGUUAAAAAAAUCAAUUUGAUCAAACCUAUAAUUGAUAGAACUGUUUUCACGAUGGCUUCACAUGUAAGUGACAACAUUUUUGUUUGGAUGUAAAAAUCCCCCCAGCAAUUUGCAUCCUAAACAUUGCACACAUGGAUGAGAACCAGAAACUGACCUGAAAGCUAAAAAUGGCUACAAACAAAGAAUGGAAAAGACUAAUUUACUUUUCACUGACUAAUCUGAAUAAAAUGUUAAAAUAAAAUAAAGGUAAACAAAGGACAAAGCACCAAUCGGAAAAGGUAAGUGAGAUUUGAAAGAUUCUUUGUUUGUAAUAAUCUGAACACAGCAGAUGGGGGGCAGGAGUGGGGGCUGGCUCAAGCAAUUAGGUGCAAGGGAUAUGAACUGCCAAACUUAGAGGUGACGGGGGUCUCAACCCUGGCACAAAUUAAGCACUGGAACGCGAACACAAGGAAGGACGCUUCUUUAAAUAUCAACAGAGGAAGAAGUGAGGUUCUUUCCCAGGAAAGCUUAUGCUCCCAAUACUUCUGUUAGUCUUAAAGGUGCCACAGGACCCUCUGUUGCUUUUUACAGAUUCAGACUAACACAGCAACCCCUCUGAUACUUUUCUAAAUAUGACAUUUUCAAUCUGUCCCUUUAGGGUGCUGAAUAUAAACUCAAAAUUCGCAACUGUAUUAAUGGGCACUCCCCACGCCCAUCAGUUGCAUGUCUUUUCUCGCACCUCUUGACCAGCACUGUAUCUUCUCCAGCCGUGCUAAUCUGAACGGGGAGACUGGAAAAGGAAGCGGAGUGUGGCGUUCGCUCACUGCCCUACUGAAAAGCGAACAACAAAAAUCCUCCCUCCCCAUUUUCUAAAGGGGGGAGACCCCACCCGGGGCUGGGAUCCCAACAGGCUCUCAUUCCCGGGCUGGUACAGCUUCCACCUCCAUCCAGCGGCUCUAUCCCUUUAAAUUGCCGCCGGUGCCGCAGCCGGUGCCGGAAGGACCCUGGAACUGCAGCUGAUGGUGGCUAUUUAUACCCGGGCUGGAGCAGGGGGAGUCGGACUGUGUCUCAGUGCGAGCGUGGGCAGAGAAAGGCCGCGGCGCGCAGGGGGCGGGCGCCGGGAUUCCAUGUCUCCUUGAGGCGCCGGCUUGGUUGUGCAGGGGCUGGGGGUGACCUGCAAAGGGGCGUUUCCUUCCUGCCAUGGAUGUAGCAGGGGCCUGAAGGUGCUUGCCCAACCCCGGGCGGCGGCCGCGCUAGCCCCGAGGAUCGUGCCCGUAGAGAGGCGGCCAUGGCCACGGCGGUGUCCUCCACCCCGGGAGGCAGCGGGCGAGCUCUCGGUCGCUCGGCCGCAUUCUCCCCGCUCAGCCCGACCCGGCUCAGCCGGCUGCAGGAGAAGGAGGAGCUGCAGCAGCUCAAUGACCGCCUGGCCGCCUACAUCGACCGGGUGCGGGCCCUGGAGGCCGAUAAAUCCACGCUGCAGCUGCGGCUGGCGGAGCAGGAGGAAGGGAGCAGCCGGGAGCUGGGCAACCUGCGGCUCCGCUACGAGACCGAGCUGGCGGAUGCCCGCAAGGCGCUGGACUGCAUCGCCAUCGAGCGGGCCACGCUGCAGGUGGAGCUGGGCAAGCUCAGCGAGGAGCACCGGCAGCUGCACGCCAGGAAUUCUAAAAAAGAAGCUGACUUAAACCUGGCACAGGCUCGUAUAAGAGAUCUUGAUGCUCAGCUGAACUCCAAGGAGGCUGACUUAGCAACAGCUUUGAGUGGAAAAAGAAGUUUGGAGGGCGACCUUCAAGAGUUAAAGGAUCAAAUAGUCACUCUUAAGUUGGCAUUGGAAGAUACCAAAAAGCAUCUCCAUGGAGAAAUGUUGAAGAGAGUGGACCUGGAAAACCAAAUGAAAACUGUGCAGGAACAAAUGACAUUCCAGAAACGCCUUCAUGAAGAUGAGCUCAAGGAAACAAAAAGAUUCCAUGAGAGCAGGAUAGCGGAAAUAGAAUCUGGCCGUCAGAGGGAAUUUGAGAGCAAACUUUCAGAUGCUCUUCAAGGACUCAGAAAGGAGCAUGAAGAACAAAUUCAAGAAUACAAAGAUGACUUGGAGCGCACAUUCAGUGCCAAAAUGGAGAAUGCCCAACUUUCUGCCGCAAAAAAUAGCGACUUUGCCAAUGCUGCUCGGGAGGAGCUGAUGGAAACAAAGAUGAGAGUUGACACUUUGACAUCCCAGCUUAAUCAUUAUCAAAGCCAGAACUGUGCAUUGGAGAACAGAAUAAGAGAGUUACAGGAGACCCUGGAUUAUGACCGUGAGAUGCAUCGAAGACGUAUGGCUGAAAAAGAUAAAGAAAUGGCACAAACGCGGCGGCAGAUGCAAGCACAGUUGGAAGAAUAUGAACAUCUACUAGAUGUGAAACUGGCUCUAGAUCUGGAAAUAAAUGCCUACAGAAAGAUGCUGGAAGGAGAAGAACAGAGGCUAAAACUGUCAUCUAGUCCAUCUUCCCAAAGUGUUGCAACCCAGGCAACAACCAGCCAUGGGCAUCGCUUCCUGCAUGGAAAAAAAAGAAAACUGAAAGAAUCCAAAAAGGGAGAGCACAGUGUCAGCUUUAAAAUUGUUCAGCAUGCAUCAUGUUCAGGAAAUGUGUCUAUAGAAGAAAUUGACACAGAAGGGAAUUUUGUCAAGCUUAAAAACAACUCGGACGAGGAUCAAUCACUAAAUGGAUGGGUACUAAGACGACGACUUGGAAGUUUGUCUGAAAUAAUAUACAAAUUCCCUGCUCGGUUUGUCCUUCAAGCAGGCCAAGUAGUUACGAUCUGGGGUGCUGAUGCUGGUGUAAACCAGAGUCCUAGUGAUCUGGUCUGGAAAUCCCAGCAGUCUUGGGGAACUGGGGAUAACAUUGGUGUUACACUCAUCAAUGCUGAUGGAGAGGAGACUGCAGAACGGAAGGUCAUACAUGUAUCCAGAGGAGAAGAAGGUGGUGAACUGGAAGAUGAGUUUGAUGAAGAAGAAAUAACAGGGAGCGAAAUGGAGUUUCAUCGUCGGACCAAAAGAAGAAAAAAGAAAUGUUGUUUGGUGUCAUGAUUGUGUUUCCUGUGAGCAUCACAAAAUAGUGUCUCCAGCAAAAUGAAGAUCCUAGCUGUUCUGUCAUGUAACUAAACCAGGGUAGUGACUACCUAAAACCACUUCUUAAACCAAAGUGACCCUUCAGACUGCAUGAAUUUUCAGCAACUUCUGGAACAUAUGAAUCUUGGAUUUUUUUCCCCUAUCAGACCUGUUUAGAGAGCAUCCUCCAGAAUGUGAAACUUCCUAUUUGUUGAUAUUGGGCCCUGCCUUCAAUGAAACUAGAUCCAAGUGCACAUUUCCUUUUCCAAGUCUUUCCAUGACAAAUAGAAGUAUUGUGAUUUAUUCACCCACAACUACUUGCCCUAAAGUUUACAGUAACUUCCUGCUGGGCAUGUCUCGUCCUAGCCAGGGGUGGUAAAUGAUCACAAAUUUAAUGGCUUCAGCUUUCUGAACUCCUGAUUUAUUCAAAAUAUUUUCUCAAAAGUGGACUUAGAAGAACUGUUUCAAGCCUGACCGAAAUUUAGGUGGACCAAAUACUGCCUCAACUUCUACCUUGUGCAGCUCCACUGAAUUGAAAGUCAGAGCAAAUUGUUAUCCUUGUUUCAAACACCCCAGGACUCAUUUUAUGUUUGAGGCUGAUACUAAAGUUCCCUUGAUUGGUCUAAGCCAAAUGAUGUAGUAAUCUACUGGUGUAAAGUUUUAAAAUGAGCAAGCUAUUUGUAAAACAUGUAUUUUUAACUUGUAGUUAAAUAAACCAACCAUUAUACUGUUUCUAUAGCCUAGUACCGGUUAGACAUUUUGAGUUUAUUUAUUAAACUAUGUACAGUAAAGUGUUAAACUUUGAGGUGAGUAGCUUUGCACUAUAAAUGUGAACUAAAGUCUGAUGCCAACAUAGCAAUACUGUGGUUAAAUACAGCAGUACCCAAGUUAACUGCUUACUUGGCAAAACAUUAAUGGGGACCGAACUAAUUUAAUUAGUUUGGUAUAGCUAAUGAUCACACACUCCAAUGAUUGCUAAGUCUUGAUACCUUUUAAUGAAAGUUCCUGUGUUUAUUAAACAUCUGAAAUAAGGAUGUGUACUUCUGUAUUCAUAGUUGAGGUGAGGACAACUUCUAUUUUGUUAAAUAGCUAGAUAUAUUCUCUAUUACAGCACUGAGUUCAAGUGGAUUAAUAUAUAGCAUUGUAACAAGGUACAGCUAAAAUGUCUAGCACAUAGAGGGGUUGGUCAUGAGUAGCCACUCCAGUUAGCCAUUGUAAUGGGGUUUUUUGUUUACCUAGUGGCUAUACUGAAAAGAGGGGAAAUAACCCAGCAAGAGUCCCUAGUUAAGCAACACAAGUCUGUUUCCGUGCUAAAAAGUUAACUGAUAAUACAGCCCCAUCUGAGCACUGGAGCAGCUUUCAGAAUUCUUUGUUGCCUUGCCAAAAGUCUCUACUGUAUAGUUUGUCUGAAUUUUAAGAUCUGGCCCAUGUUAGGACCGUGCUUUUUAGAGUGCUUUAGAGUUCCCUUCAGUUAGACGGAUUAAAAAAAUAGCAUUUUAAGACACUGGACACCUAAAGGGUGAGUGAAUUUGGCCUUUCUUAUUUUAGCAGACCCAAAUUCUUCAUUGUGUUGCACCUUGUCACUUUAGAAGAAUUUAAAAUAAGCUCUGUUUAUGAUCUUGCUGUGUUUAUAAUCUUGGGCUGUUCAAUUGAUUUUUACUAUUAAAGAUAUUUUCUAUGUA